AUGACGGCCGGAUACAUAGCGCAUCAAGCUGUAGCCCAACCACUUGGGUCUAAACCGGUCAAGAUCUGGCUCAACUCGGAUUCAGCUCUGCGAGAUGCUGUGAUAUUUCAAGAAGGGGCUCAGGCGGAGGCCCGAGACGGUUUGCGCGGCAUUGGCGAGAACAGCAACCAAGAAGCAGAGGAUAUAAAGAAGGCAGAGCGACUUGAUUUGGACCUUCCAGCUCCGGCUUGGUGGUGGCAGGGACAUAUUCAGAUCUGCUGCGUCGCUUGUGGUAAUGCUUCAGAUCCAUGCUUGGUGGUAACUGGUAUUCGACUUGUUGAGUCCCAAGAAGGCGAUCGAGAUUGGGCUCAACGUGACUUGGAGAGGUUUGACGCCGACGAGGCCGUGGGGCAGCGCAGGAGUUAUGGUGGCAGACUGAGAUUGGCGAUAGGGCCACGAAGUCAAACCAACGGUGCUGUCGCCGUAAAGAUGUGGUAG